CAUCUCAAGGACACUGUAUAAAAGAUGAAAUUGGGGAAAAAGUGAUGAUCUGAGCUCAUUUGAGGAGUUUUCCAAACUCACAACCAGUCACACACUCUUCAGAGAGGACGCUGAUAUCGACGAUGGCUGAUUACGACCGGGUUCUGAAAUGCUGGGGAGCAGUGGAGGCCGACUACACGGGGAAUGGAGGAGAAGUUCUGACCCGUUUGUUUAAGGCACAUCCGGAUACUCAGAAGCUCUUCCCGAAGUUCAAGGGCAUCUCUCAGUCUGAACUGGCGGGAAAUGCGUUGGUGGCGGCCCACGGUGCGACUGUGCUGAAGAAGCUGGGUGAGCUGCUGAGGGCCAAAGGAGAUCACGCUGCCAUUCUCCAUCCGAUGGCCACCACACACGCCAACAAGCACAAGAUCGCCCUCAACAACUUCAGGCUGAUCACUGAGGCACUGGUGGAGGUGAUGAAGGAGAAAGCGGGUCUGGACUCGGCCGGACAGGGCGCGCUCAAGAGAAUCAUGGACUGCAUCAUCCACGACAUCGAUCGCUACUACAAGGAGAUCGGAUUCGAUGGUUAAAUGACACGCUGAGCGUCACAAACUCAGCGGGAUCAUAGAAAAAGUGCUUGUCUUAUUAAUGCCAUUAAUGAAUAGAAGCUACUGUGCAUCUAAUAUGAAUAAAACCAUCCAGAGUAAACAAUGCAACUGUGUUCAGAGAUUUUUGUCAGGGCAGCGCCAUGUUAAAUUUUGGCGGGAAUGAAAAAGAGGCUGGAGCUGAAGUACUGCGUGUUUGAUGAAUUGACAACAUGCCAAUCAUUCAAUGUUAAACUUUCAGCAGAUAAAACUCCACAGACUGUUUUGAAAGUUGUGAAAAUCACGUGAUCUUUCUACAUUGGUGUACAGUCCCUCAUAGCCUUGCUUUCAUUCUCGUUAGAUUCAGAAUGAUGAAGGUCAGCUGGAAUGAGCAGAGAGCCAAUCACGUCAGGUUUAGAAGGUCAGCUGAUCUGAUGAUGUCAUGAUGUUGACCGCAGAGUCUCAGGAGGAGCCUCGGAUUAGUUUGACUUCAUUUGAAUUACACUUGAGUGAUUGCACAUGAAUAAAUUUAUUUUUAAUUUUAACACUUGCUUUGUCUCACUAUAAUUAAUCUGCAUUAUAAAUAAUUAGCUUUGCUUUUGUAAAGCAACACUUAAUAAAUUAAUAAAUGUCACUUUUA